AUGGCCGUGGAAGCUUCUGCUGAUAAAAAGGAGUCUGCUUAUUCUAUCACCACUUCCAGCUUUUCGGAAAAUGAAGAAAUUUUAGCAAAGACUAGCUGGAAAGGGUAUAUAUGGGAUUCAUUCGACAAGCCGAAAGAUGAGAGAUGGUUUUUAUUCAAGCUAGAUGCUACUUUAUUAUUCGCUGGCUGCUCGGGUGUUUUUUUAAGAUAUCUUGAUCAAGCCAAUAUUAACAAUGCUUUUGUUUCAGGUAUGAAAGAGGAACUUGGCCUUUACGGAAAUGAAUUGAAUUAUGCAGAGACAUGUUGGACUAUUGGUUAUGUCCUUGGACAAAUUCCAUCGAGCCUUAUAUUGACCAAAGUGAGGCCACACUAUUGGCUACCAUUUUUGGAAACUUGUUGGGCUAUUUUGACAUUUGUUUCUGCACGAUUUUCUACACCGUCUUCGAUAUAUGCCAUUAGGUUUUUAGUUGGAUUUAUAGAGAGUGGGCAUUUUCCUGGAAUUAUGUACAUAACUUCUUCGUGGUAUACAAAGGCAGAAAUGUCUAAAAGAAAUUCAAUAAUACAAUUUUGUACUGGAGUUGGACCUAUGUUUAGCGGUUAUUUACAGUCUGCGGCCUAUACUGGGCUUGAUGGAGUCCAUGGAAUGAGCGGUUGGAGGUGGCUCUUUAUCGUUGACGGAAUACUUUCGCUUCCUCUAGCACUUCUAUCCUUCUUUCUCAUUCCUGAUUUCCCUAGAACUGCGAAGAAAAACUGGCUUUUCACAGAGAAAGAGAUUGAGCUAGCCAUAAAAAGGGUACCGCAAGAACUCAAGAGCAAAGUAGGUUUUGGGAAAAAGGAGAUAAUAUCGUGGUUUUCAACGUGGCAUAUAUACUUAUUUGCCGCUCUUUUCAGUCUUUUGAGCUUAUCAUCAAAAACGACAAGCUCAAUUCCAUUUUGGUUUAAAUCUUACAAUACGGCAGAAGUUACGGAAUUCACUAUUCCUCAAAUUAAUAACUAUCCUACGCCAGUCUAUGCAAUUCAAAUUUUGACUACCGUAUUGUACGCAUACUUAUCAGAUUCAGCCUUGAAAGGAAAAAGAUAUAUUAUUGUAGUGUGGUGUUCAAUCUUUCAGUUUGCAGUAUGUUUAGGAUUAGUAUUUGUUCCUGUCCAUCCUUCUAAUAGGGCGGGAAGGUGGGUACUAUACUAUCUCCUAGGGGCGUAUAGUGGUAGUGCGGGCCAGGUCUGGACCUGGGUUAAUGAGGCAAAUUUGGGAGAACCUGUGAAAAGGGCAUUUGUGUCUACUAUGAUGAACUCUGUUUCCUACAGCUUUUUGGCUUGGGUUCCUAUUCUUCUUUUUCCCACUGAAGAUCAACCGUUUGUAACAAAAGGAAACAUCGCAUGCUCUGUUUUCGCUCUAGGAAGUGGUAUUUUUGCUUUAAUAGGAGCUUAUAUUGAAGCAAAAAGAUAUACGAGAGGAUUUUUUAAGAGCGCAGCUCCAGAAUUAAAAGAUGAACUUGAGGAAAUAAAAGAAACCCCAGGAUAUAACGAGCAAGUUCUUAAAGGAGAUGAAGUUUGA